CGCGGGGGGCGGGGCCGGCGGGGGGCGGGGCGGGGCGGGGGCGCGCGGGGGUCGCGGCGCGAUGGGCGCCCGGCUGCUCCUGCUGCUGCUGCCGCUGCUGCUGCCGCCGCGCGCCGCCGCGGGCGGGACGGUGUGCGGGUGCUGCGCGGGGCCGCUGCACAACGGCUCCGCCGUGGCCCGGUACUGCGCGGCGCGGGCGGACGCGGAGCCGCGGGGCCGCUGCUGCGUGGCGGGGGGGCCCCCCCCGGGCCGCAUCGUGGGGCUGGACCUGAGCAGCUGCUCCCUGCGGAGCCUCCCGCCCGGGCUGCCCGAGGCGGCCGCCGCCGUCGUCGUCGACCUGACGGAGAACCCGCUGCCGGCGCUGCCCAACGCCUCCUUCCUGGGCUUCACCCGCCUGCAGAGCCUGGCGGUGCCGCUGCCGGUGGAGUGCCCGGGCGGGAGCGGCGCCUGGGAGCGGGUCAGCACGCGCGGGAGCAGCCGGCUGUGCCAGGGCCAGCGGAACCCCUGCAACGGCUCCGGGGAGCCGGCCUGGCUGUGCCCCGAGAACGCGCUCUGCGCCCCGGCCGGCCCCGGCCUCUCCCAGUGCCUCUGCUCCAGCCCCUUCCACGGCUACAAGUGUCUGCGCCAGGGCGCCUUCCCGCUGCUGCUCUUCUGCGGCGUCCUGGGGGCCGCGACGGCGACGCUCUCCCUGCUGCUCUGGGGCACCCAGCGCCACCAGGCCAAGGCGCCCUGACCCGGGGGCCGCGCGCGACCCGCCGGGGGGGCUGAGCCGCGGCCCCGGCCUUUCCGUUGUACCCGCCCCGUAUGUGCACGCGGUGCUGCCAGAGCCGA